UAUCCUUCGUCUGCAUUUAUGGACUACCCUCUUCAAUUCAAACUAGCCCUAAACGUUUACCGGCUAGUCCCCGCCCUGAACGCGUCAGUCAGUCAGUAGGCUAUAGUCUUUGUGCAUCGCAAACAGGAACACUGAACUAGCUUGCAGUCAGAAAUAACGGAAAGCUGAGGACCACACCAGAUCCACAAGGACAUGAUUGCCGCUGCUGCCCUAAAAAACACCCAUCGACAAACCGCUAUAGAAUCUAGGCUGUCAGGCGGAUAUCACUAGGCGGGAGCCAUGAUUCCUGUGACGGAGUUCCGGCAGUUCUCAGAGCAGGAGCCAGCAUUCCGGGUUCUGAAGCCCUGGUGGGAUGUGUUCACAGACUACCUCUCUGUGGUCAUGUUAAUGAUCGGAGUGUUCGGAUGCACCCUACAGGUGGUGCAGGACAAAAUCAUCUGCCUUCCACAGAGAAUAUCAAUGGCGAACCAAACAAUACCCUUACCAAAUAAAACCGAGCUGGUCUCACCUGUAGUGUCGCAGGAUGUGCAUGAGAUGAUGGGCCUGAAAACCAACCUGGACCUUCAACAGUACAGCUUCAUAAACCAGAUGUGCUACGAGAAAGCCCUGCACUGGUACGCCAAGUACUUCCCUUACCUAGUCCUCAUACACACCCUCAUCUUUAUGGUGUGCAGCAAUUUCUGGUUCAAGUUCCCAGGCUCCAGCUCUAAGAUAGAGCAUUUCAUCUCCAUCUUGGGAAAGUGCUUUGACUCCCCCUGGACUACUAGAGCUCUGUCUGAGGUGUCUGGAGAGAACCCAGAGGAGAAGGUAUUGUUGGACAACAAGAACAACAGUGCCAGCAAAGCGAUCCUCAACGUGUCUGUAGAGGGGAACCUGGACAGCCUGGAGAAGACCCAGUCCCUCAAAUCCAUCCCAGAGAAGAUCGUAGUGGACAAGCCCACAGCCAGCGCUCUGGAUAAGAAGGAAGGAGAACAGGCCAAAGCUCUAUUUGAGAAGGUGAAGAAGUUCCGCCUGCACGUAGAAGAGGGGGACAUCCUCUACGUUAUGUAUGUUCGCCAGACUGUUCUCAAAGUGUUCAAGUUCCUCCUCAUCAUCGCGUAUAACAGUGCUUUAGUCUCUGAGGUGCAGAUCACAGUGAAGUGCAGUGUGGACAUACAGGACAUGACGGGAUAUAAGCAUUUCUCCUGUAAUCACACCAUGGCCCACCUGUUCUCUAAGUUGUCGUACUGUUACCUGUGCUUCGUGGCUGUGUACGGAUUCACCUGCCUCUACACUUCCUAUUGGCUCUUCUACCGCUCACUGAAGGAGUACUCCUUUGAAUAUGUGCGGCAAGAAACAGGAAUCGAUGACAUCCCAGACGUGAAGAAUGACUUUGCCUUCAUGCUGCACAUGAUCGACCAGUACGACCCACUCUACUCCAAAAGGUUCGCAGUGUUCCUGUCUGAGGUCAGUGAGAACAAACUGAAACAGCUGAAUCUGAACCACGAGUGGACACCAGAGAAGCUGCGUCAGAGACUGCUGACCAACCAUAACAACAGAUUGGAGCUGCAGCUCUUCAUGCUGUCUGGACUCCCGGACACCAUCUUCGAGGUGACAGAGCUCCAGUCCCUGAAGCUAGAGAUCAUCAACAACGUAACCAUCCCAGCUUCCAUCGCCCAGCUGGAAAACCUCCAGGAGCUGUCUCUGUAUCAGUGUUGCUUAAAGAGCCACACCACAGCCACUUCCUUCCUCAAGGAUAACCUUAAGGUGCUCAGGGUAAAGUUUGAUGACAGCAGGGAACUGCCUCAUUGGCUGUAUCAUCUGCGGAAUCUAGAGGAGCUCUAUCUCAUUGGCUCACUGAGUCCUGACGCUUCUAAGAAUGUGGUUCUGGAGUCUCUAAGGGAGCUGAAGAAUCUGAAGACCCUCUCGCUCAAAAGUAACUUUACAAAGAUCCCCCAGUCCAUCGUAGACGUGUCCAGCCACCUGCAGAGGCUGUACAUCUACAACGAUGGCACCAAGCUGGUGAUGCUCAACAACCUGAAGAAGAUGGUGAACCUGACUGAACUGGAGCUGGUGCACUGUGACCUGGAACGCAUCCCACAUGCUGUCUUUAGCCUCACGAACCUACAGGAGUUGGACUUGAAGGAAAACAACCUGCGCUCCAUUGAGGAGAUAGUCAGCUGCCAGCACCUCCACAAGCUGACGUGCCUGAAACUCUGGCACAACAGUAUCUGCUACAUACCUGAGCACAUCAAGAAGCUGGGCAGCCUGGAGCGCCUCUACUUCAGCCACAACAAGAUAGAGAUCUUGCCCUCGCACCUGUUCUUAUGCAACAAGCUUCGUUACCUGGAUCUGUCCAACAACGACAUCCGGUUCAUUCCGCCGGAGAUUGGCGUCCUACAGAGUCUUCAGUAUUUCUCUGUCACGUGCAACAAGAUCGAGAACCUCCCAGACGAGCUCUUCUUUUGCAAGAAGCUCAAAACCCUUAAGCUGGGCAAGAAUACGCUGUCAUUGCUCUCACCAAAGAUCUCAUACCUGGUUCUAUUGACACAUCUGGAACUGAAGGGCAACCAUUUUGAGCUCCUGCCUCCAGAGCUGCGGUUCUGCCGGGCGUUGAAGCGUGGCGGCCUAGUGGUGGAGGACGUCCUGUUUGAAACCUUGCCUUCGGAUAUCAGAGACAAAAUGAAGGCUGAGUGAAAUGCCUUACAGAAUCUGUGCAAAAGGCCAUGCAAUACAUUACUAUCCUGUCCAGGGGGUGUACUUGUACAUCAUGCUGCCUCACACUACAUAAACAGGAGAUUGGCUCCUGUCCUAAGGGCCUAUCUGGCUCGGACAAAGCAAGUUACUUAUAUGUGCAAAAAGAAAAUGCCAAUAUUGUCUUAAUCUGACAAUCAUAGUCUACCAAAAUGGUAGAUUUUACUGUAUACUUAGUUUAUCAUGAUCAAACUCUAAGUAGUAUACUGUUCUGGGGUGGAAAUUGUGAGAUUCAUGCACAGCAAAUUCUCCAGUGUUAAAUCAACACUUACAGUGACAAUUUUUUCUAUAAAGAUCCACAUGAUUAACACUUUUAGUGUUAUGCAAUAACACUUCAUAUAGUAUUUUUAACACUAGGAAGUGUAUAUAGUUUACACUAAUGGUGUUAUGCAAUAACACCUUAUAUAGUAUUUUUUAACCAUUACGCAAAGAGCUCUGUAUCUGUUGACAAGGUCGCUUGUGUUGGAUUAAGGAGAUUACAAUAAUAAUAACGUCUUUAAUGCUACUUGUUAUUAUGUAAGUAUUUACAAAGACUUCAGGACUAGCAGAAGACAUAUUCUAACUUAAACAAGUAUAACCAUAGACCACUUAAACUGAUACAACACUUCCAUUCAUGGGUGCCAAAAACAACGAAUUUAAAGCCAUGCCUCAACUAAGCCACACCUCCAAUUUAAUUUCCCAGUGCCUUGCCUUUUCAAGUUAAUUGUAGAUUUACCACCCAUGACAGUAUUUGUUAGUGACAGAGAUAUGGUUGUUGAAUUUAUUAAUUUCACUCCUGUGGACUUCCCACUAGAGGUGAAUGUUAUCAUUAAAAUAUAAUGCUUUAGGACAAUACAUUAAAUAUAUAAGGCCUUACUUUGAUGGCCAAGUUUUACCCUAACAGUGGUGCUAGGACAAUCCUGGUUUACAGGCCACAUCUGCAAGUCACAUUAUGCAGGCUUGCAAAGGGAUGUAAUUCCUAUAGGAAACCAGACAGAUUUUUAAUAAUUCAGAAUGACUGUAAGGGUUAGGAACAUUGUGAGGAGACUACCUAAGUCAGGGAUGGGCAACUCCAGUCUUCAGGAUCCAGAAGGGUGUCACACUUUUCCCCCAUCCCUAGCAAACACAGCUGAUUAAACUAAUUACGUUCUAAAUUAGCUAGGGCAAAAUGGUGACACCAAUCAGGCCCCUCGGGGCCCGAGUUUCCCACCCCUUAUCUAAACCAUUUCAACUGGAACAGCCAUUUAAGUAAUAGUUGCAUUUAUUGCAUCCAUUUGAUUGGAUUAGUUGAGAAAAAUCUGUGUUAUUUAAAAAUUGUAUUUGUGUACCAUAAUAUUAAUCAAUCAAAGUACAUGCAAAAACACAGAUAUUAAAAACAAUCCUAAAAAUGACUACCUCCAGUAGAGCAUGCUGGGAAAUGUGAUAAUGAUGGGCAUGGUUUUAUUGGGAAUGUUUUACUCUCCACGGAGUAAAACUGACACAAUCACAUUCUCACACUUAACAUUGGAUAUAAACACUAACACUGGGGUUAUUUUACACUACUGAGUGUUAAUUUCAGAUUUAAUUUAACUCCUGACUCAACACUAUAAAUGUUACACUGAAAAAUCAACACCAGGUAACACUGGCCAAUUUGCUGUGUGGGUGUAUGUUUUGAGUAAUAUGUCUAAGUGUUACUUCAUGUCAGAAUGGAAUAAAGCUUUGUGAUGUAAUGAAAUGGUUCUUAACAAUAUAAUUAGUCACAGGAAAGGUAUAUUUUGUAAUGGGGCGUUGUUCAUCUGCACCUGCCCGCAAUUGCUAAUAACCCAUCCGCAACCGCCCGUCUAUAUGUGAUAAAGUGAAAAUCUAACUUGCUUAUAUAAAAAAAAUGUGCUGUAGGAUAGUGUGAGAUGUCGGAACGAUUUGACAGGGGGUGCAGGAUUCUUUUUUGCCUGAUUUAGAUACGUUUCUGGUUAUAAUAUCCAACAUUUUGUAGGCUAUCUGUUAUUCAACUUGUCAUUUGGCCGAUAUGUUGCCCUAGAAGACUAAAUAAACCUUUGAUCACCAGAAUAAUGUGAUACAUUGAUAGAAAUAAUGCUUCAAUCUAGUUGACAUAGGUAAAAAAGAUUCUCUGUGCAAAAUCAGUUUGACCGGUUCUGAGGAAACAGAAAAGUGUGAAAACGACCCAACAUGUUUCUGAUAAGAUUUCAGUUCAGCUUGGAUGCAUAUUUUAUGUGGUUGAAAUAGCUUAUUGUCAGCUUUUAUGAUGCUGAUAUCACCUGUACAGACACUAUCUAACUGCGCAUUCACAUUCUCUCAAGAUGCUGAAAGAAAGAAAUCUAAUUUCUCCACUCUUGUUCCCGAGUUCAAAUUUUGCUUACAUUUAUUUGAUGUAUCAUUUUACUUAAAUAAAUGCUUAAUUCUGCAGGAGUUAAUAUUAACCACUUCACCAAUUCUUUCCCAAACAUGACUUUUCUGUCCCUCUCUUCUCUUUAUUUUCAACUCUCCAUUUCACAGCUUUUCUCUUAUUGAAUUAAAGUCUGACAUUGUCCUUUUUGCCUCCAUGGAUAGACGCUCACUUUUUUCUGCCCAUUCCCAAGUGCAUUUGGGUUUUGGCCGUGUAGGCUAUUUGGCGCGCCUACAGAUAGGCCCUAAAGAUGAAGCUUAUGCACCAAUGCCAGAUAGCCUAAAAUAAUUAAAGAAAAACAUCAAUGUAGCCUAUAGAUAUACAUUUCACAAGAAUGUUAUGUUACAUUUACAGAUUUUUUAAGUAUUGUUUUCUUUUUAAUCAAGCCGCCCGCUACCCACCCACCCUUCAUCCGCACAAUAUUUCAUGACCCUAAACCCAUAUAACCACGGGGACUGCUGGUUAUGAGUCAACCCGCGCAUCACUAAUACUUAGCCUGGCUACCAGUCUAUUUGUGCUAAGAUUUGACUCCUUGUACUCUGUGUCUUAUGCCAAACAUAAUGUUUGUGGAAUGAUAGUACAAACAGAUCUGGGACCAGGCUAAGGUAUACUGUCUAUCAGAGGAACUCAACAACAGGAUUGCUUGUUCUUGUAUUAUUGAUAUUGUUAUUUAUUAUACUUGUUAUACCGUAUUAUGCAGUGUCUAGCACAAGCUUCAAUGAACAUACACUGGAUAGAAUGUAGGCCUAUAAUCAGAAAGAUUGAAUAUAUAUACAAGAAUCAAAAUAUUGAAUGUAUUAUCCUGAACGGCCUCAUAUUUUGACUUAAUUUACUGUCCAAAGAUAUUCUAAAAUAGAUAUACUAAAAUGUUUUUUGAAAUAACUUUUCUACUCAGUCUCUAUAUUAUGUAGUACUCGGAUAAUGAAAGUACUUUAUAUAACAGUGUAGUUGGCUACAAGUGAAAUGUGGACUCAGCUGUAACUUUGUCAAGACCAUAUUUAUCAGGAGGGAUAGCUAGUUUUAGUUAGUCACAGUUUACACAAGCUAAAAAAGACCAGCCAUGUUGUAAUUAACAUAUUUUUAUUACAAUCCACAAACCCCUUGCACACGCCUUAUAGAUAGAGAGGACAAUAAAGUCCACGCCUUAGACAUUACAGUGUAUCAUAAUCAGAGCUGUGGAUCACUGCAAAGGUGCCAUGGUUAGCUGCUAUCGUAAUUUAUAAAAACAGUUUCCCUACUGUAUUUAGGGCGUAAUAUUCUAAUGUUAAAUAUUCCAACCAAAUGAAUACAGAUGGUAAAGAGAGAAAGAUAAUAAAAAGGCAUAUCUUUUGUGCAUAUUUUUUUAUCAGAUCAUCUUUGCUGUGUUUGGUUCUUCAUGUUGAUUAAUAAAAACAGCCAGAUGGCAGCUGCUUUAAAUGUGGCACAAAUA